AUGAACGAUACGACCUACCGGCCGAGAUGCCACCCCCUUACGCGUCAAGCUGUCCUCGACAAACUCAUUGCUUGGAUUGAGACCCUCGAGCCCGCCGAGCUUCGCGCUUUCUGGUUGUAUGGGUCCGCUGGGGUGGGCAAAUCAGCGAUUCUGCAGACGAUCGCCGAGUGGUUCUACUCUCGUGGUCUUUUGCUCGCGAGCUUCUUCUCCUCGAGGACUGUCCCUACAAGGAAUAAUCGAUCUCGACUCAACAUCAUUGCUGAUCCCACCAUCUUCCACCGCUCUCUCGACACUCAACUUCGAUCUUUAGUUGUCGAUCCUCUACUACAAGCUAUUAAUUACGAUGGCUACUUCACCCUCCCUCCACUCAUCGUCAUCGACGGCCUAGACGAACCCUUGCCCAAGCCUUCGCCCACACACGAACCUACGGCCACUUCUCCGCCUCCUGCGCCUGUCUGCCCUCCAUCAAGCACAUCCCGCACAUGCGCUCUCUCGAACGGAAAGGCUCGUACGAGUGACACGUUGGGGCUUGGUCUAGACGUUGCAGACGGUUGGGCGGUUGGCGGUGCAUUUGCUGAUGGAAGUUUCCGUGAUGAACGCCUAUCUACGAACAACACUCCAACUACUCAGCGCUGCGACAACCUCAUCCUCUCGCUCAUCGACAAGCAAGAACAUCCAUAUGUCGACAGCGCGGUGUUGGUUGAUAAAGAGGUGAAGGAGGUUCCACUUUCGUUCUGGGCCUCCGCCGUCGAUCUGCACGAAAUCUACACGAGGAUCCAGAAGAUGAAGACCGACAUGCGAUGCGAGCUCGUCGCCGUCACUUGGGAUAAAUUCAACGACAUUGAACAGAAUAUCGCCCAAGUCAUCGCCCACACACGAAUUGACGACCUUGACUCCGUCUACAGCGUCCGUAUCCACCCUCAUCAAGCACAUCUUGUAUAUGCGCUCUCUCCGACGGAAUGA